GUUAUUUUUUAUUAUUAUUAAAACUGUUUCUUUAGAUCACAAUACACAUAGAAUAAUUUCAUUGUAUGAUCCCAAAAAAAUUGGGAUAAAUACAACUAAACAAAAUAUACAUUCAAGAAGGAUAAAUAUUUAUGUAGAGACAAUACACACACAUUAUUUAUAAAAUAUAAGUACAAAAAAAGUCACACGCUUUAUUUCACAAUAAAUCCUUCAUUCCAUGUUCUCAAUGUCCGUUUAAAUUCACCCAAGAAAUUCGUCACUUACACUGUGUGUAUGUGUCUGUCUGUGUUAAAUGAGAAAAAAUUUGGUAUUUAGAUGCAUAAUGCCUUAAAGCUACUAAAAUUAAAUUAUCAGGGGUGGACUAAGAAACAUUUUAGAAAAACCAUUUCUUUUUAUUUCUUUUCUAUAAGAUUGGAAAAAAAAAUGUACAAAAUGUGGUAGGGUACAAAAUGAGUUUCCUCGAAAUUCAAUCGUUUCAUCUACAUUUUAUACAAAACGUCUUAAUUUUAAGAUUAUUGUAUUGUAAUAUUAUAUCAAAGUCUCAAACAGGAACUAGCUUCUAUUAAGCAUUCUAAUACCUCAUAAAAAGCUAAAAUAGAAGAAGGCAAAUUUCAGUAUUUCUUUUCUAUAAGAUUGUAAAAAAAAUGUACAAAAUGUCGUAGGGUGGAAAAUGAGAUUCCUCGAAAUUCAAUCGUUUCAUCUACACUAACGUUUUAUACAAAACGUCUUAAUUUUAAGACUAGUGUAUUGUAAUCUUAUCUCAAAGUCUCAAACAGGAACAUGCUUCUUUUAAGCAUUCUAAAAUCUCAUAAAAAGCUAAGAUAGAAGAAGGCAAAUCGUUUUUCUCAAAUAUCGAGAAAUUUUAACUCAAAGUUGUAAAAUACGUAUUUAAAAUUUGAAUGUUAAUAGCAGUAUAUUUGGACAACUUGUAUAUAAAACAACGAAGAAAUUAAUUUUGAUAAUAGCUUACAGUGAGAAAGUCACCACCAUCUACAACGAAAUUGAUUUAAAAAUGCCCCUACUAGCCUUUUUGGAUUCAUUUUGAGGUGAAAGGAAUAGUACCAUUUGACUAUUCAGUUUGAAAUAGUAUAAUUUUGUUUUUUGUAAGUGUGUUCUGCAUGAACUGAUUUUUUUUCAGCAAUAGCAACAGCUUAUAGAAAUAUUGAACCUGGGAGUUAAUAUGUUUCUCUGAGGUACAGUAAUAUGAAAGCUUUGCACUUAAGAUGUAACAUGUAAACCUUGUUUUCAUUCAGAAUUUUGUGUUAUUUCCUGUUGGCGAAACUUUCAUCGGGAUUUCCACGUUUUAACCUUUUAGCAAUUAGCAGGUGCUGCAUGACACCUUUCGAAGAAAUUGAUUCUCUUAAUGUUUGCUGCUGUCGCUGACUAACAAACCAUGACUUGUAUCGAUCGCUUAGUCACAGAGUCGCUAAUUGAUAAUAAUUAUAGAAAGCCGUCACUGCCGCUUCCGCAAGCUCGACCACGCGCUGGACGCUUAGAUUUUGUUUGAUUGGUGUGGUUACUAUUAUUACUGAACUAAACCGGCAAACGAUAGAUGUUUUUUACUUCCUAUUAGAAACAAAUUAUUUUCCCUACCAAUAAUUAUAAAAUUAAAACAGCCAGCAAUCACAAUCUAAAAUUGGGAGCGCACAUUUGAAGAUUAAAUAGGUUUUUUAAUUCCAGGACUAGUACUAGCAACGACAUUGAUUUUAAUUUAAAAAAUACAGAUCAGAAAUCAUUGUUUCGAGUAUUCAGACUGAAGAAUAUUGAUGUCGACUUUUUAAGAAUUUUUUUCACCUUCCUAGAUAAAUUAUAUUAUCGCGAUGAUAAAAUUUUACGAAGUUUUAGCACCUAUUCGAGAGAUCAGGGAAAAAGGGAAAUCUUGGCUUACUAGUACGCUACAAAAGAUAAUCAAAUGUGAUGUGAUGAUGAAUAAAACUGCAUAAAAUUCAACACAAAACACUAUAAUCAUUCCAAGCAAACAAGAAAUCAAACAAUCAUCGCAGUUAACAUGGAAAAAAAAUAAGCUUUGUAUUGUCAAGUCAAAAGUCAAGUCAAAGUCAAGUCAAAGUCAAAAGUCAAGACUGCUGUUGAUUGAUGUUCUUUAUGAAAAGUCCAGUUAGUGUUUAAUGUGCAAUUCUGAAGCAAAAUACGUAUACUAAUUAUAUAUGUGUCCCUCUUUCUUAUACGUAUGUCCUAUUAUUCUGUAAUUUGGGUAUUCAGCAUUAAAUAAAUGCAGAACGACUAUUUUCUAUAUUUCGUGUUUCAACAAUAUGCAAACUAUAACUGGAUUGAUUCACUUGAAGGGCGUUGCUGCAGCCUUUGAAGAACUAACAAAGAGUGAGUUGGAUAGGUGAUAAUGUCUGACAAAUAUCUCAUAUUUUAGGAUAGAUCGGAUUCUACAGAAAAUAAUAAGCAAAAUAUUCCAAAACAAUUAAUACAAAAUUUGAUAUUUACAUUUACAUUUAAAAAAAUUCUUAACAGACAUUAAGGACAGUUUCUUGGAUUUUCUUUAUAGUAACGUAAUGAAACAUCGGGUAUUCGUAAAAUACAUUCCUAAUAUUCAAUAAACAGUAAAGGAGGAGAUUUGCUAAAAUUUUAACUAUUAAUUAGUUUUAGAAACGUUGCUAUUGCUAAUUCUCGAAGAAUAUCCAUAAGUUUACCUUACUAUACUUGACUGGUUUUGGUUAACUUCAAAUGUCUUAAGACGUUAAAUCCCGUCAGGAAUAAUUAUCGACCAUAUGAGGAAGACUAUUCUUCCUAUGUCACGCGUGUCGCGUUUUUUUUAUCUAUAAUGAUAUCAAAACAAGACAAUACUAAAAGGCAAUGUCGCUCCUGAAGGAUAAACAAAUUAAAAUGAUAUAUUAUUACGGCCGAUUGUGAAGAUAACAAGCCGCGACGCUCAAAAUGUUUGUAGUCGAUUAGCGAACUGCGUCAUGAACAUAUUCGUGGCCGUUAUACUUGGGGUUAUUUUUCCUCCUAACGCGCUUGCCGCCAUGAGCAUGCUUAACCAGAACUCUAUAAAAGAAUCCAUUUCCGAAUGCAUGAUCAAGGGGGUGGAAUACUACGCUCCCACGCAGAAAACGAUAUUCGUUUCGGUGUCAGUAUCGAAAGACGAUUACAAAGAUAAGGCCACGGUCGUGUCUAAGACGGUACUGCUAAGUGGGAUUUCGAGGAGGCGACUUUGGAAAGUCCUCGUGGUAAACCCCAGAAAGACCAAACUCUCCAAUUCGGAAGACCUGUCCAAGAGUUUGCUGCGUAUGUUUAUCGUUUACUUUCACGACCGAGGCGAGAUAGAGGACAUCCUAAAUCGUUUGGAGAAGGAAAGCGUUCUGAAUCCGCACGCCAAAUUCUUGGUGGCGUCUCCGAUGAUUUUUGAAAAUAACUCCGCCAUCGCCGAGGAAGUUUUCGUAGCUUUGGCCAAACGAAACGUUCUGAACGCAGUUCUCUUACUCGCGGAUCACCUAAACAUUGCUCGUUUUGAGAUAUACAGUUGGUUCCCAUUCGAGGAGGGCGAUUGCAACCAAGACAAAAUAGACAACCUGAACUUGAUCGACAAUUGCACGUACGGACAUUUCGAGAGAAACGCGUCAUGGUAUACCAACAAGGUGCCGGCGCGAUUCAAGAAGUGCACCAUGCUUGUGGUUUACGCCAGGGUCCCGCCGUACGUUUUAAACAUGGAUAUGGUGACGAGUUUGGAGGACAGUAACGAUAACCAUGGGGUGGAGAUAAGCCUCAUAAGAAACCUGGCAAAGAUGUUGAACAUCUCGCUAGUUUUCCAGGAGUCUCCGAUUCUAGGAACGGUUUAUCGGAACGGGACAGCUACAGGUAAUCCAAACGAUAUGGGGCACUUGUAUUUGCCACCUCGGUAUCAUUAGGUAUGAGGACAAUGGAACCUUCGAAUUGGUAUCCGAUUUUUCAUUUUUAAAAUCGAGCAAUUAUUUAUUUUUUCGAAAAAUUUUUAUAUAA